AUGCGGACCGACAUUGGUACCUCAAAUGGCAAUAUACCUUCCACCCAGACCGACCAGGAGUACGACGUCGUCGUAGUUGGUGGUGGUUUCUCCGGCUGCUAUCUUCUGCAUACGCUCCGCAAAGCAGGGUUCAAAGUCCUUCUGUUGGAGGCUGCGCCAGCCCUCGGCGGUGUAUGGCAGUGGAAUAGGUAUCCCGGCGCCCGUGUCGAUACACACGCCCCUCUGUAUAGUCUCGCUAUUCCCGAAGUGUACAAUACUUGGAACUGGACACAGCGAUUCCCGUCCCACUACGAACUACGUGAUUAUUUUCAGCAUGUCGACAAAGUCCUGAGUUUAAGCAAGGAUUGCAUCUUCAAUACCAAAGUGACUGAGGCCGUAUGGGAUGACACCACCAGCAAGUGGACUGUUCACACUGAACAUGGUGCACGCUUCAUGGCUCGUUACUGGAUUCCGUGCCUCGGGUUUGCUGCCAACCGGGUUUUCCCUAAAUGGCCCGGCAUCGAGAAUUUCAAGGGCGAAAUUCAUCAUUCCAGCUUCUGGCCCAGCGAGCAAGUGGACGUCCGUAACAAACGGGUCGCUGUGAUCGGUACAGGUGCGACGGGUGUGCAAAUCGUUCAAGAAACUGGCCCCCAAGCGAGACAAUUGACCGUCUUUCAACGCACACCCAACACUUGCUGCCCUCUGCGCCAGAAGAACCUGACUGUUGAGGAGCAGGAGGUUGAGCGGAAGAACUACCGUACCAAAUACGCGUUCCGGUACUUGAGUGAAGGUGGCUAUGACUUCAGCCCAGCACCUGUGAAUACUUUUGAUCACAGCGAAGAAGAUAGACGUGCCUUUUUUGAGGAGAGGUGGGCGCAAGGCGGCUUCUUGCUCUGGUCUGGAGGGUACCAGGACGUUCUCACCAAUCCAAAGGCGAACCGUGAGGUGUUUGAAUUCUGGAAGGAAAAGAUCAGGCCACUAAUCGACGACCCGGCCAAACGUGAGCUUCUGGCUCCUCAAGAACCGCCGCAUCCAUUUGGCGCCAAACGCACAGCCUUGUACACAACGUUCUACGAGGUCAUGAACCAGCCAAAUGUCGACAUCGUUGAUGUAAAGAGCAAUCCUAUCUCACACCUGACCGAUACAGGCAUUGUGACCAAGGAUGGAAAGCUCCAUGAGUUUGAUAUCAUUGCCUUGGCCACCGGCUUUGAUGCGAUCACCGGAGGUUUGAAGCAGAUCAAUAUUCGCAACAGCCAAGGAAAGACACUAAAUCAGAAGUGGAAUAACGGAACCAAGACCCAUCUUGGGCUCAUGGUGAGAGAGUUCCCCAACAUGUUCUUCUCUUACGGACCACAUGGUCCCACUGGCUUUUCAAAUGGCCCAACAGCUAUCGAGCUACAGGGAGACUGGAUUCGUGACCUCCUUGAGCGAGCUCGCGAGUCUGGAUGGAAGAGCAUUCAGCCCACGGCACAGGCAGAGACCAGAUUCAGCAAGCUCGUCAAUGACCUCACAUUCAAAACUUUGAUUGUCGAAUCCGAUUCGUAUUGGGUGGGAGGAAAUGUUGAGGGCAAGAAGAAAGAAGGCUUGAAUUUUCCUGGGGGCGUUCCGCUCUACAACCGCUUGAUCACCGAGAGCGCUUCAAAGGGGUAUGCCGAUUUUGAGGUUGUGUAG